AUGUCCCUCCAUACAUCGUUCCACGAUGGAGAUUCUGAUGCGGAUGACGAGUACGAGCGCAGUGUGAUAACGUCGCCACACCUCCAAACGGAUUCUGAGGCUUCUCCUAUCGAUUCCGACAUUCCUUCCUCUGAACAUACGCCCACAAAAUUUGGAUACCCCAGUGAUAUUCCUCGUACCCCCCGUGCGAUAAUCUCCGAGUGGACAGCCAAUGAAUGCAUAGAGUUUCUGACAUCGCAAGGAUUACUCCAAUAUUGUGAAACUUUUCGUGAAAAUGGAAUUGUGGGAGAGGCACUCAUUGCAUUGAGGCAUGACGAACUGAAAGAAAUGGGAAUCAACAGCGUGGGCCACCGAUUGACCAUUUUAAAGAGUGUCUAUGAGAUCAAAGUUAGACAGAAUGUUCCACUCGACGUCGACCACUAUAUACCACUUUCCGCCGAUCAGAGCAUGAAUGAAAACGCCACCCAAGAUGAUAUUGCUCGUUUAAUUCAAUCUAUCCAGAUUCGAGACCAGAAAAUAUAUUCAGUCGAAACAGAAUUGCGACGGCUUGCAGACGAGUAUCGACGGUUACGGGAAGAAAUCCUACCCAUGAUCAAAAUGGCUAAAGAUCGAUCUCAACCGCUGCCUCCCCCUUCUUCCUCAAUGGGUUCUUCCACAGACAACUACUCUGAUAGCGCGACUCUCAUAUCGCCCUCACAGAUCACUGUCACUGACAACUCCUCGUCCUCAAAAUUGGCUCGCGCGUUCUCGAAGCGCGCAUACGGCGGCAACACACCUAAGACUAAUUCCCCAACACACAUCCCACCUUCGGUCUACGAAGGUAGGAAUUACCACGAUGGGGGGAAUCUGGAUCCAUCUGCUGCGGCGAUGACUGCAUCCUCCCAUCUGUCCGCUUCAAGAAAUAGUGGUUUACAGCCUUCCCCAGGUGUCCCAUCACCAACUUCCCCGAAUGCACAUAUUUCUCAACAUCAAACCCUCAAUCCCCGAUCGUAUAACCAACCUGGCUCUACAUUAUCUCGUGCGAUGUACGACCAUCCCGAAGAAACCCCUAGGGCGCCCUCUCGUUCAGACAGGCUCACACCCAGUCAGCCGCUGACCGCUCGGACCGAAACACCAUCAUCCGGGUCCAGAAUUGAUUCCCGAGGUGCCGGCCCUUCAAGUGUGGAGAUAUUCAAAUCAUUUCGCGUUUCUUGGGAGGAUCCUUGCUACAAAGUUCUACCGGCUGCACUGAGGAAAUAUAACAUUAACCAUGAUCCCAAAGAUUAUGCGCUCUACAUCGUCUAUGGGGAUCAAGAAAGAUGCUUAGGGCUGGAUGAGAAACCGCUUCUUCUCUUCAAACAAUUAGAGAGAGAGGGCCGAAAGCCAAUGUUCAUGCUGCGAAGAAUACAUCCUGAAAAUCCGUAUCCACCACCCACCGGCUCAGCUCCCCCCAGUGCUGGAUUUGAAAGCGGCGGAAGACCUGGACAAAUCAACCUACCGGGAGGCGUUUUAUGA